UGCUUUCGGCAGGGCACCGCACGGAAUGUUUACACUCAUUCGAAAGCUCAUCUAAGCCGGAUUUGCACAUCAUCGAAAGCCCAUCCGCAAUUCGAAUAACCAUACGAUGUGAUUGGACGGUGUCGGGUGGUCGAGACUUACCAUAAUCGUCUGCGGGAACCCGUGUAUCAUACGAGACAAUAGAUUUGCGUCGUUGCUAAACGGUAGCAAGUUUGUGUCAAGGGACGAAAUCACUCCCAAGUAAACUGCGACUGAAGAAGAGCGUGAAGAAGUAGAGAGACAAUAUGAUGCUGAGGGUAAUUACGGCGACGACAAUCCUAGCAACCACCUGGUCGAUUAUCCUGCCGUGCAAAAAAUCGGAAUUCCAAUGCUCCGAUGGGAAAUGUGUCGGAAUGUCGAAAUAUUGCAACGGCGUGCAAGAUUGUUCAGAUGCCAGCGACGAAAUACCGAAUUGCACACCUUGUAAUAUAUCUUAUUAUGGCAUCGUGGGGCGCACCUACGAGCUUGAAGUUAAAAGACCUACGGAAAUUCCGUUUUUCUGUUUCCUCAACUUCACAGCAGGUGGCGGCGCUUAUGGAGAGCUUGUCCAGCUAAGCUUCGAGGCCUUCGCCGUAGGCACAUUCGAAUCAUUCACGAACUCCGGCUGUCCAGAAGGGUUCAUAUCCAUUAAGGAGACCAACAGACCGUCUCCCGGGGGAAAAUGGUGCGGAAGCGCUUGGGGUUACACUGUUUAUUACAGUGAAACCUCCAGCGUUAAUCUUACCUUAGCCCUGGAUAAAUUACCCCAGCAGCAAAGUUCCGGCUACAGUUUCGAAUUCAAACUUUCCUACAAGUUCCUGAAACUUUCCGACGCGAAAAUUCGCUACGGGAACGCGACGCAGAGAUCCUACAGGGGGAAGCUUAGCGUCGGAAGUUACUGCGAUCGCCUUCUGGAAGGAUGUUCCAGGCGGUCUUGUCGCAUCCAGUCGCCCAAUUAUCCGGGGAUUUACCCUAGGAACGUCUCGUGUCACUACAGGGUCCGCGAACGGAACGUGCCAGUCGGAAAACACGCUCUGAUUGCGGUUCGGCAAGCGAAUUUUCAUUACAAAGAACACGUACCCAAAUUCGACAACAGCGACAAAUUACUAAGAAUCUGGGAUCAAUGCAACAUGAUGCAAGACUACAUCGAAAUCUUUGACGGAUGGGGAAACCAAGCCACCACACUAGCGCACCUAUGCAGUGGCGAAACUAUUCCGGAAAUCAUCAGCAGCGGACCCGAACUAUUGUUAAAAUUCAACACGUCGCCCUUCGGAAACCCCUUCCAUCCUCUGCCGCUCUCAUACCUGCCCGGGUUUGAAUUGGAAGUAGAGGUCUUUUUCGUCAACAAAGAGUCGCCGACUUAUAUCGAACCCGGCAAGAAGUGUGAAUUUCUAGUGACAACCUUCGACAAUACGUCAGGCCUUCUAGAAAGCCCGCUACACUCCCUUCCACCAAAUACCACGUGUCACUAUCACUUCCGAGGCCAACCGAGAGACAUCAUUUGGAUAUCAUUUAUCAAAUACCACGUGACAAACGAAAGAUUGACCGACUUCAACACGGGAGAGUGCGACGUCCAACUUCAAAUUUGGGACGGCGAUAUAAAGAGCACGAACUCGGUACAGCUAAUCGGGCAAUUUUGCAAAGACGAUAAACCGAAACUUUGCGCUCACACGUUACUCACCAACUCAUCUCGCUUGACCAGACCCUGUCGUUUAUCGGAAAGCUACGUCAGUACCAACUCUGACCUGACGAUUUCGCACUCCAUCAAAUACGGAAGCGUCCUCUAUCCGGUCAAUUUCGUCCUGAGGUACGAGUUCGUCGACCUGUCGCAAGACGGUACCCAAAUAACCAGAAACCCUUGCGACAGGCUUUUCAAAUCUGCAAACGGACGGUUUUAUUCGCCCAAGAUAACUUUCCUGUUCGGUAGAGGCGGACAAAGAGAUUUGUCGUGCACGUAUCAAUUCGAAUCGUCGGAAUCGCAAAGGCUGAGGCUUACUUUCAACAAAGCCCAGUUCGGUAACAAGCAGUGCUUCUCGGAAUUCAAUCCGGAAAUCAAUAGGUGGCAAUGCAACGUGAAAUCGGAAUCGGAAGGCACCGCCAGCAUUACGAUAUCCGAGUAUCCGUGGAAAGACGUGGAAAUCAAGAGACACUGUCUGUGUAGCAACGUCACGCAGCGACCUUUCAUUAUUACUACCAAAACCGCUAGCAAAAUUGUGGUCAAAUUUACCGUUACAGGCAUGAGAAUUACAGAAGACUACCACGACUACUUCUUCGACGCCAAUUUCGAAUUUAUCCCGUCAGAGUUCAACUGUCUGAACCCGUGGAAAAACCGCAGGUUGAGGGGCUCGAGUGGCGAAAUCACCGUGAGAAACAACGAGCAAACCAUGCGACAGACCGAAGAAGUAUUGAGUCAAAACCAAACCAUUAGGUACUGUCUGCAGCAGCCGUGGUUGAUAGAGCCCGAAGAAGAUUGCAACUUUAUUUACUUGAAGAUCAAAGGAAACGACCGCAGAGAUUCGAGACUAUGUCCAAACAAAAACAGGAUACUGGUUUAUCCCGCGGGUCGUACCGAGGACGUACGUAUAAUCUGCCCCCAGUACAACGAACUCGUAGAAAUGUUCUCAGAGGGUUGGAGUCGGUUUAGCUACAAAAAGCUGCAGAAUCGGAACUCGAGGAGUUUCGUAAUCGAAUUUUUGAAGAGGGAGACCGGCAACUUCGCCGUCACAUGGAUGGAAGUGUCAAAAAACCCCGCCCUCGCCCUACCCACUUCGAUGUUGAUGAUUCGGCCACCGGAAUGUCCGCACAGCUGUCCUGAAUUGGGUGCCUGCAUAAGCUCGGAGCUGUGGUGCGACGGUCUGAGGCACUGCCCUUCCGGAAAUGACGAGCAAGAAUCGAAUUGUUCAGUUCACGCGGGGUUCCCCUACAAUUAUCUCAACUCGGCAGCUCUGUCCGCCGUGGGCCUAGUGAUACUUACGUCACUGAUCGUCAUGUCUUUCAUAAUAUUUAAAAACUGGAGGCAGGAACAGAAAAAUGUUAUAGUAUCGGUUACGGAACAUACGUUUUUGGAGUUCAAAAGUGGAUUGUGUUGAAUGAUGUAAUGUAUGAUCACAUCUUAGGUAGUUUUUAAAUAAACGUUGUAAAAAAAUGUAGCUGGGUUUGCCGUUAGCUAAGCCAUGGAGAUUGUUUCUCUGGGCGUGCUAUCAAGCGAACCAUGUAAUCAUAUCAUUUUACCGUUUUUUAUUCUUUAUUUCCUCUGUAAAUUUGAUUAACUCAUUUGGCUCACAUUCUGAUGUGUACAAAAUUUUCGAAUUCGUUGACAAGGUCCUGAUGAUUUUUUAUAACUAGUAGAGACACUUUUAGAAUAAGCUGCCUGCAAAAUGGAGGUGUUGUAAACUGAUGACUGACAAUAUCUGUUGUAAAUGUAAUGUAUAAAAUUUUUAUCGGCAACGCAACAAAUAA